AGUUCGCACGAAGCGUUGACGUUCCUCCGGUGAGAUCCAGUUUCCUUUAAGCCGCUCUCGCGCGUUUGUCUGUUCUCGUCGCGUCGUGCGUCCUACCGAUUAUUAUUUUCUCCUCCUCCCCCCUACCCCGUCCGCGUACACGAGAUCGUCGGCACGGUGUUAGAGGUAUCGCGAGCGGUAUACAUAACACGCUCGUGUCGUCGUCGUCGUCGUCUUCGUCAUCAUUGUCGCCGUCAUCGCCGCCGCCGCCGUCGUCGUCGUUGUCGUCGUCGUCCCUGUCGCUGUCGCCGUCGCGGUCACCGUCGUCGUCGUGCAGCGCCGAGUGCUCCGUUUCAAACGCAUCGCCCGGUGUACAACGGAGGAUGGCAUUCAACGGAGACGGUCCGCACUCCAAGAGGCAGCGGCUGGAGGAGUCCGGACACAGGAAUCACGAAUAUGGCGGAUACGGAGACGAGCCACGUCGAAAAAGAGAAGACAAUAAUAAACCGAACCACGUCCUCCUCUUCACAAUUAUCAAUCCAGUUUACCCCAUCACUGUGGAAGUGUUGCACACGAUCAGUGCACCCAGCGGGCAGGUUCAGCGCAUCGUAAUCUUUAAGAAAAAUGGCGUGCAGGCUAUGGUUGAGUUUGACACGGUGGAAUCAGCAACCAGAGCAAAGGAAACGCUACAUGGGGCAGACAUAUACUCCGGCUGCUGCACACUAAAAAUCGACUUCGCAAAGCCAACAAAGCUCAACGUCUACAAGAACGAUGCCGAGAGCUGGGACUACACAACGCCCACGCUGGGUUCGAGCACACACAAAAACGACGCGACAGGAAAUGGAAGGCCGGCUCCCCUUUUGGCCGAGCCAAGAUACGGCGCCGCGCCCCAGCCGUACGGCUCCACGCCGCAGGUCACCUUCCCACCGGGCGCCGGUCACGAUCGUUACGAGGAGAACUUCAACGGGCCGGCGACGUACGCGGAGCCGUACGUCGAGCGUUACGGCAUCAAGAGCGAUUUCAGCGGCCGCGAGCCGUUACAUCCCACGCCACCUCGGCCGGGUUACGUGCCCACCCUGGGCCAGACGCCGCCAUCCAGCACGCAGGGCUCGGUCAUGAUGGUGUACGGACUGCAGCCGGACAAAGUCAAUACUGACAAGCUCUUCAACCUGUUCUGCUUGUACGGCAACGUGACGAAGGUCAAAUUCUUGAAAACGAAGGAGGGCUGCGCGAUGAUACAGAUGGGAGACAGCAUAGCAGUGGAACGAUGUCUGCAGAACCUGAACAACGUCACGAUCGGAACGGACGGCAGACUGCAGCUCGGCUUCUCGAAGCAGGCCUUCCUCUCGGAUGUAACCAACCCCUACGUUCUACCCGACAAGACAGCGAGCUUCAAGGACUUCACGGGAAGCAAGAAUAACAGAUUCCUGAACCCUGCGAUGGCCAAUAAGAACAGGAUACAACCACCGUCGAAGAUAGUCCACUUCUUCAACACUCCGCCGGAUCUGACCGAGGAGACGGUGAACCGCGUGUUCGUGGAGCGCGGCAUCGAGGCACCGACGACGAUCAAGCUGUUCCCCCUGAAAUCAGAACGAUCGUCCUCCGGUCUGAUCGAGUUCAGCAGCGUCGGUAUCGCGGUGGCCGCUAUCAUGGAAUGCAAUCACACGGCGCUCGAGAACAGCAACGGCAAGUUCCCCUACAUCAUGAAGCUCUGUUUCUCGUCGUCGCGCACCAUACCCACGAGCUUCCCGCCCAGCAGCGGCAGCGCGAGCAAUUCCGCUGGUAAUGGCCACGUCAAAAUGCAGCAGGACUCGGAAUAGAACGGCGAGGUCCAGGGCCAGCAGCGUCAGCGUCAGCGCCAGCGCCCCUCACUCGCCGCCCUGCACCCGUUGUGUGCCCCCGCGACGGCGGGCACGGCCCUGCACCCCGCAGCCGCAGCGAUAACGCUGUCCCCAGUUCUACCGCCGCCGCCACCGGUACCGCCGCCCCUGCCGCCACCCACCUGUCUCCUGAUAGCCACCCCGACCCUCUAUCCGACCGUACCGCCACCGCCCCCGCCCCCGUUGCCCACCUUCUGGCCCUACUGAUACGGCGGGCCCGCACGUUGGAUGGGUGAGACGAACGCACGCGAGAUCGUUCGAGGAUGGACUCUCCGAGGACGAGAAGAAUAAUCGGGGGCACACACGCGUUCCCCGCGACGAAGAGGAAAACGUCCGUCGGGAUGGCCGUUUAUUUUCGAUCGAACGCGCGACGGAGAGACGAGACCCGGUCGUUCCGCAGCUUGUCCGCUAAGGUCCACCGGGUUCGGAAAGAGUCGCGGGUAUUCUUGGACACGUCGCUCUCUCGGAGUCUUCAUCCCGUCGCGGUCGAAGGCUUAGAGAAGUUUUCGAUGGUACGGUGUGUAACUUGACGCCUAAUAGUACCGUGUCCCGCUAGAGACACGUUGUCAACGUGAGUCGGACACGGCAACUCGGCGUCCGACGAGAGGUGGGGGUAUAUAAGUGCGGACGACACGUCGGCGGGAACGUCGCGGCGGAGCAGCGUCGGUGCCGUUGAAGCCGCACGGGGAAUCCUUCGCGGCCGGCUGGUCACGAUUUUCGCGGCGUCUCGCCGCGGGAAGAGCGAGACGGAUGACACACGUACGCGUAGCCGCGUUCCAAUUUUGGAGACUCCUGUAAAUAGCUCGGAGACCAGCGGCCUCCGACGCGCAUACAUAUCAAAGGGCUUGGAAGUAAAUCGGUACGUUUCGCGAGGAACCAUACAUGCGAUUUUCGCGGAAGCUUCUCGCUCGAGGAAAACGGCGCCGGUGCGGAGGAAUAUCUUUAGAAAAACACGAAUCGUCUCGAACGAGACCGUGGACCGCCUCACGAGAGAGAGAGAGAGAGAGAGAGAGUCUGAAGAGGGAUAGAAACUUGUUGGGCGAGAGAAGCUUGUAGCACUCCAUUAGCUAAGAGAGAUGGAUCGAAGGAGAUGAAACGACUUGAGGAUAGUGAAGCUGUCUCGGAAAAGAGGCAGCUCGCGGAAAGUUUAGCUCCUUCGAGAGAGAAAUCGUUCGGGGAACUUUGAAGACAUCUCCUCGGAAAAGAGUUAAAAAUACGAUCUAUCAGAAAAGAAAUGGUUAGGUGAUGGAGAAUCUCGUAAGGCGACUGCACCUUCGUAGGAACGACUGAAAGGAGAUAGAAUCCGUUACCCGAUAACCAUCGAGAAGGCGCGCACCGUAGAUCUCUCUGGUGGUAGCGGAAUGGCUUGAGGACGGUCCACCUUCUUUGAAAGAGGAAUCGCACCGAGGAGAGAGGAUCGAACCUCUCAGAAGAGGGGGGCAACUGAGAAGAUCGAGGAAAUCCUCUCGGAAGAGGCGCGAUUCGUGGGAAGCUGGAAGCCGUGACGAGAGUGCGAGAAAGUGCGGAAUAUCCCUCGUGGUUGCUCGCGAAGCGGACAGGUGGGCGCUGCUUCCGCGAAGCCCGGACGUAUAUAUGGCGUCUUCGGCGUUCUCAAUCGACCGCCGCGCGUCGAUUCGUUCGCUCGCGUCCGACGAUCGCGAAAACUCUCACCCAAAACUCACCGAGGCGUUCGCGCGCGACCGCGCGACGUCUCCACGACAUUUUUGUUUCUUAGGCCGAGCCACGCGCUCCUCGACGACCAUAUUCUGUGGGAUCCAAUAAACCGAAACCGGAGAUUUCUCAGCGACCACUUAAUAAAAACCACGGGAAUAGAAUUUUUUAGAGGAGUGUUUCUCACACAGAGGAAUGGAUCUGAAUCAAUCGUGCUCAUCGAAAACUGAGCGACCUGCGAGAAACGCGCAGCCCAAAUCCGCUUUAAGUGUCUAAUAACGCGCCGCUCCGUCGUCGGCUUGCGGCAAGCGUCGCGCGGCAACGUUCUCCUCAUCGUUUACCGAUGCAUCCGUUUUUUUUUUAACGUUAACGCUGAUGUUGUAAUUUUAACACUCAUCCGGAUAACCUGAUUUUGUAGAUAAUGAUUUUCUAUUAGAACUCUUUGACAGAUUAAUGUAGGGAUAUUUCAGACGACUGAAGGAUUUGCCGCGCAACAACAUCGUAUUCCACACAGAGCAACUUUCACAUGCAGUUCUUUUGUGCGGUUUUUUUAACGUAUUUCCUUAAUCUAUUAUCGCUAAAGAACGCGAAGAUUUUUAAUUGGGGCCAUAAUCGAAUUUUAAAAAAACAACUUUUAACUAAGACUUGCAUUGCUUUGUGGCUUACCAUGUUAUUGCACCAAGUGAUUCUUUAGAUUACCAAAUCUAAUUGCAAAUUUUACUUUAAUUAUGAUACAAUCGCGUUUUGCUUUUGUAUCAGAAUAAGAAAAUCAGAAAAAAAAUAAUUUAAAAAUAACUAUAUUUGUCAAUGUUUGUUACAUAGAGAUCAUAAUUAUAUCUAUUUAAUAUGUAUUCUUAUAUUCCUUUGAAAUUUAAACUUUGUUGCGUUAUAGCUUUAGAUAUAAUUCGAAGUAAAGGAGAAAUAAAGCGUCGCCAUUUUUUAAAUGAUACUUCCAAUUAAAAAAAGAAAACAGUGAUUUUUUCGUGGAAAAGAAGUUUAUUCUCGCGAGAAUAAAAUUAUACCGUAUUCAGUUACCCGGAUAAGAGUUAAUCUCACGAUCUUACUGAUUUCUUACGCUGAACAACAACGCGAAAAUCUUUCGACUGCUCCUUGGUUCCCCUUCGAACCCCUCGCGCGGGGCUUCUCGCGAGUCCUAAAUAUUAACAAUAAAGUCGUCUAGACUGCUAUCAAUUAAGAGGACUAAAUCGUUUCCGCUAUCCUCACUUACACCUCCGCUUCUCUAAUUGAAGAAAUCCCCGGCUCACCUUCCCUCCCACCCCCCUUACCCCCUCACUUGAAGCUGUAGUGUUCAGGUUGCGACGAGAUGACACGUAUCAGUGCUCGCACGCUCGAACGAGCGCCGCGUUGCACUCGUACACUUUUGAUCAGAUCGCGGACUGCGAAUUGAGAAUUUUAUAUUAUCGAAGCAAAAAAAAAAAAGAAAAAGCACACACGUACAUAUACGAUAAUAAAGAACAAUGAAGACGACGAUACACACACACAAUAUAUUAGUGUCCCUCGGUAAUAUUUUGUCGGGCCGAGGGGCGUUUUUAUAAGAAUGGUUUUAGAUCUCCGAACAAAUUUUGCGAAGCGAACCAAACGACUACUACUAAACUAAAAUAAAUAAAUAGACUCUUUGACUUCUCGGCCAUACGUAACGUAAGAUAAUAAGGGCCGAAACGCGCGCGCCCUUUGAGAGAUGCGUGAAUAUCAACCCGCCGUUUUGUCCAUUGUCCGUGAGAGAGAGAGAGAAAGAGAGAGAGAGAGAGAGAGAGAGGGAGCGAAAGAGUGGGAGAGAUAGAGAGAGAAAGAGAGACCUAACGCAAAUGAGAUAUAAUUUAAAUAAGGAUACAAAGUUUAUAUUCGAGGCAAUAUUUGUUACAAUACGACUAGGGGAUAAGUUUGUGGGUACCGUUUUAAAAAAAAAGGGGCUUUGGCCGCGCGCGGGAACGAUCCCCGCGACGAUGGUCGACCGCGAAGAGGACGCUGAAACCGUUGUCGAUCGUGAGGGACGACGCGGGGAAGAAACGCGUGAAUGCAAGAGCGAGGGUGAAAAAAAA